UAAUCUUUCUAAAAUAUCUCUCUCGCUUACCCUCCCUGUGGUUUUGCUCUUUGUUUCUUCAACCUCCGACAGGCAAUAGCAGUGCAGCGAUGAUCGCGACGCAGCAGCAGAUAAGUGGAUCCGGGCCAUUGCCAAGUCCGAGAUCCCCUUCUUCUUCCCAAACCGGACCGUAUCUUUCAGUGUCGGUGACUGAUCCAGCUAAAAUGGGCAAUGGCGUCCAAGCUUAUAUCUCAUACAAAGUCAUCGCUAAGACUAAUUUACCUGAGUAUCAAGCACAAGAAAAGAUUGUUAUUCGACGUUAUAGUGAUUUUGUUUGGUUGCGUGAUCGUCUUUUUGAGAAGUAUAAGGGCAUCUUUAUCCCUCCUCUUCCAGAGAAGAAUACUGUAGAGAAAUUCAGGUUUAGUGCUGAAUUCAUUGAAAUGAGGCGUCAAGCUCUGGAUAUUUUCAUUAACCGCGUAGCUUCUCAUAAUGGGCUUAGACAGAGUGAAGAUUUGAGAAUAUUUUUGCAAGCAGAUGAGCAGACAAUGGACAGAGCAAGGUCCCAGGAGACUGGCCUUUUUAAGAAAAAGCCAGCUGAUCUGAUUCAAAUAUUUUGGGAUGUACAAUCAAAGGUGAGUGAUGUUGUCCUUGGAAAGGAAAAACCAGUUGAAGAAUCGAAUCCUGAAUAUGAGAAGCUGAAGCACUACAUAUUUGAGCUUGAAGAUCAUCUAGCUGAAGCUCAGAAGCAUGCAUAUAGUCUUGUGAAGAGACACAGAGAGUUAGGAGAGUCCUUGUCAAACUUUGGGAAGGCAGUCAAGCUUCUGGGAACGUCUGAAGAUAAUGCACUGGGGAAGGCAUUUUCUGAACUUGGGGCAAAAUCUGAGCUCAUAUCUAUUAAGCUGCAGAAAGAGGCACAUUACCUUCUAAUGAAUUUUGAAGAACCAUUAAAGGAUUAUGUUCGAGCAGUACAGUCAAUUAAGGCCACAAUAGCAGAGAGAGCAAAUGCUUUCAGGCAGCAGUGUGAACUGGCCGAAACAAUUAAAUUCAAGGAGAUAGAUCUAAACAAACUAAGGCUAACACGAUCAGAGAAGUUGGCUGAGGCUGAGCGUGAAUAUGAAGUGCUGAAAGCCGAGGGUGAGGAAGCAGCACAAAGAUUUCAAACAAUAGUGCGGUUGAUGAAUGAAGAGAUUGUCCAAUUUCAAGAGCAAAAAACAUUGGAAAUGGGUCUGGCUUUCCACGAAUUUGCAAAGGGACAAGCACGCCUCGCAAAUGGUAUAUCAGAAGCCUGGCGAGGGCUUCUUCCCAAGCUCGAAGCUUGCUCGUAAUCACACCAAUAUUGGUAUUUGGUAUAGCCAGCUUCUGUGACUCCUGUGUUGUAUCUACUAGCUUUUAGUCUGCUUGUACAGAGCAAAACAAUAAAUACAAUUGCUCAAGUUUGUUAAUUUCUUACUUCUACAUAUAUUUUGAAGCUCAAUAUUUAAAUAGUCCCGUAAAUCUACUUGUUUGGACUAUUUCUUUGUACAAUAAUAUCUUCAUCAACGUGCCUAAACAUCUAAUCUAAUGAAAAUGUUCAGGUGAA